AUGUCUGAGCCGGUGGCGAACACAUCUAUCAUCCUGCAAUGCAAACCGCCGGACAUUGCUCAGCAAAGCCAUUUGAGAACUUCAACACUCAUCUUCGGUUCGUUCCUCACCUGGGCGCUCUCCACCCAAUCAUCCCGUCUAGCCGAGGCGGAGCGCUACCCAGAGGCGCUGCUUGCCGCGCAAGAGUGCGUAGCUCUGCAGCGUCAUCUCGCAGAGCACGAGCUCGAAGCGACAAUCUGGCAUGAUCGUGCUCUGGUUCGGCAGUUGCAAAACCUGGCAUGGCGAUACCUCGACGCUGGUUACAAUGCAGAAGCGCUAGAAACGGACGAGGAAGCCCGCACGCUCGAGCGACGGCUAGUUAAAGACCCAUCAAGGUUGCACAUUCCCAAGCUGAAACGCUCCCAGUCCCUGAAGAGCAUUUCUGAGCUGAGUCGCUCCCUGUCCAAGAAAGGCACACAAGUGAAAGCGGGCGACCAGAGAGGGGAAGUGGGCUUGCCGAGGCAAAGGUUUGCUCUUCAUCAGAAUCUGGUCCGGAAGCAGUGCAUGCAGAUAAACUGGCACUCAUCAUUGCCCAUACACCUCCUAUGA